CCAUUACUAUUCAUACCUAUUUAAACGGCACUUGCCUGAAGCUCAUAUGUCAUAUACUGAUAUACGAAGUAUACGCUUUGGAUACUCCAUUAUUAAAACUGAGAUUGAAUUUGCUUUGUGCUAUCUUUUUCUUUGUAAGCUCCUGCAUUCCUAAGACGCCAACUCAAGGUCUCAAGCGAUCAGAUGAUGAAGAUACAAGUUUUCUGCUUCCUUCUUACCUUGAUGGCAGGCCCGUGCUUAGUUUUCGCACAAAACGAGCCGAGCUUUGCGUGUGACAUCGACAGCAAUGAACUUCUGGCCAACCUCACAUUCUGUGACAAGUCCUUAGAUGGGGAGACGAGAGUUAAAGACUUACUCAAUAGGCUGACUUUGAGCGAGAAGAUCUCAUUUCUGGUCACCGGGGCAGGGAAUGUGAGUAGCCUAGGAAUCCCAAUAUAUCAAUGGUGGUCCGAGGGACUGCACGGUGUUGGGAGUAGUAGGGGUGUUAACUUCACAAGCCUCAUCCCCGGUGCUACCAGCUUCCCUGCUCCUAUUGUAAUUGCUGCUUCGUUCAACCUGUCGUUAUUUCAAUUCAUUGCAGAGGUGAUAUCCACCGAGGCCAGAGCAAUGCAUAAUGAGGGAUUGGCUGGUUUAACAUAUUGGACACCCAACCUGAACAUUUUUAGAGACCCGAGGUGGGGUCGUGGACAGGAAACUCCCGGGGAAGAUCCACUUCUUACUAGCAAGUAUGGAGUUGCACACGUCAUCGGACUUCAACAAUCUCGUGAAGACCAACCGGAGAAACUCAAGGUGGCGGGGUGCUGUAAGCACUAUACGGCGUAUGAUUUGGACAGAUGGAAUGGAGUCCUACGAUAUAGCUUCAAUGCUGUGGUGACUGAGCAAGAUAUGGAGGACACGUUUCAGCCUCCAUUUGAAAGCUGUGUUCGGGAUGGAAAGGCAGCAAGCUUGAUGUGUUCCUACAACCAAGUCAAUGGGAAGCCAACAUGUGGCGACCCUAAGUUGCUACUUGGAGUGGUCAGAGAAAAGUGGAACCUGAAAGGAUACAUUGUGACUGAUUGUGACUCUCUUUACAAGAUGUACGCCAUUCAGAAUUACACAAAAACUCCAGAAGAGACUGUUGCUCUUGGGUUCAGAGCAGGAGUGGACAUCAACUGCGCUACAUUUUUGGGAAACUACACCCAAUCAGCAAUAGACAAGGGGCUAGUGAAUGUAACUGAUGUGGACAGAGCAUUGACAAAUAGUUUUGGCACUCUAAUGAGGUUAGGCUUCUUUGAUGGAAAUCCUAGGAAGCAAUUUUAUGGGAAUCUAGGUCCCAAAGAUGUCUGCACCCAGGAGAAUCAAGAUCUAGCCCGAGAUGCUGCGAGACAAGGCAUAGUCCUGCUCAAGAAUUCCAUUGCUUCGCUCCCUCUCUCGCCCACCUCUAUUUCAUCUUUGGGUGUAAUUGGGCCCAAUGCCAACGCAACUCAAUCCAUGCUGGGAGAUUAUGCAGGCAUCCCUUGUCAGUAUAUCAGUCCUUUACAAGGGCUGACAACAAUGGUACAGACUGUGUACACACAAGGGUGCGAUAGCAUAGCGUGUGAGGAAAUCAGCACAGAUGAGGCCACGAAAAUAGCCUCAGACUCUGAUGCUAUUGUCUUAGUAAUGGGUUCUGAUCUCUCGAUUGAAAAAGAAGAUCUCGAUCGAACCAACAUUACUCUUCCGGGAAAACAGUCAGUUCUAGUAUCCGAAGUCGCUAAAGCUGCCAAGGGUCCGGUAAUAUUAGUUAUACUUUCUGGAGGAGGCAUGGAUGUAACUUUCGCUGUUGAUGAUCCAGCUAUAACAAGUAUUAUUUGGGUGGGCUUCCCGGGAGAAGCUGGUGGUGCAGCCCUUGCUGAUGUCAUUUUCGGGUUGCACAACCCAAGUGGGAAGCUUCCGGUGACCUGGUAUCCGCAAUCCUACGUAGACGGUCUACCCAUGACUGAUAUGCGAAUGAGACCUGAUCCUGAGACUGGUUAUCCCGGCAGGACGUACAGAUUCUAUAGUGGAUUGACGGUGUUCAACUUUGGCUAUGGUCUAAGCUUCACAAGCUUCGAUCAUACUGUUCUGAUUGGACCGCCAGGAACCAUAUAUUUGCAUCCCAAAGGAAGCCUUGUUUGCAAUAGCUACCAGUGUGAGCAGACAGGGGUGGAGCAAUUCUCAUUUGAUAUGCAAAUGCAAAUCAAGAAUACUGGAAACUACAGCGGCUGUGACACAAUCCUCAUUUUCUCAUCUCCACCUCCCAUUCAUAAAGCUCCCCAAAAGCACUUGCUGGCCUUUGAUAAGGUCUGCCUCCUACCUGGUGAUGAUGGACUCGUGAUGUUUACAGUAAAUGUGACUGAUUUAAGCAUUGCAGAUGAGGAUGGAAAAAAACAAAUUCUCUUGGGAGAGUAUGUCCUUCAGUUGGGAGAAAAAAGUCAAACUUUCAAUGUGACUUCCUAAUUCCUACUAAAUAUAUGCAUUUAUGUUUUGGGAUAAUGUAAUCAAGUAUUCAAGUUCCACUUUAAUUUACUUUGAGACAAUCAUACAAGUGAUCGAUUCUCUAGACGGCUUAGUUUUCAUUUUCAAAUUCUCUUGGGAGAAUAUUGACCAUGUUAGUACUAAAUUUAUAUAUUCACCUUGUUGGUAUAUAUUUUUACUUCAUUCCAUUGGGCG